GAGAUAAGGAGAGUGGAAAUGUUCAUAUGCGCACAUAUCCUACAGAACAAACACAUAGAUAAACUGACGAGUACGAUUGAUUUCAUUACUCAUCUAAUACGAAUAGUAUGUCUUAAGCAUCAACAUAAAUAAAAAUAUAUACUUCCAUUUGUUAUAUGUACUGUUUCAAAUAAAGUUAAAAUUGUGUCUGAAAAAGUUUGUUCAUAAUAAUGUCAAAAUUAUUUAAAAUCGAAAAUUUUGAUUCAGAUGCCCAAAUAAAUAUAAAUACCAAUUACGCUAAUAAUUAUAGCAAUUGGCGACAGAAAGAAGAAUUACAUAAAUUAAAAGCUUGGUAUGGAGAAGAUAUAGAGUUUUCGGUUAAGUCAUCCGAAGAAUUUAACGAGUCAUCUGAAGAUGAUGAAGGAAAUGAAAUACCGGAACAAGUGGAAAAAAAUUUUUAUAAAACUCUGGCAUAUCUUAAAAAUAAAGAUCCAAAAAUUUAUGAUAAGAAUGUACAGUUUUUUACAGAACAAAACAAUAUUUUAUCAAAUGAACUACGGGUUAAAGAGAAGAAAGAAAAAUCAAUAUUUUUACGAGAUUAUGAACGUAAAAUGAUAAUUGAAAGAGGUGGAAAUUUUAGUGAUAGUGAGCAUGAAAUUGAAAAUUUAUACAAUGAAUCUUGUGAUGUAACAUAUGUAAAGGAGCAAGAGAAAAUAAAAGAAACUUUUAAAAAAGUAUUGCAAGUAGAUAAUGAAAUAGAAGAUGUUUUGUUGAAACCGAAAAUUAAAACUAAGGAAGAAUCUCAAAACGAAAAAAGAGACUAUAAAGAAUGGUUAGAAGGUCAGGAAAAAAAAAUAAAUGAAGAGGAAAAAAAAGUUUUAAAACCUCUUAGAGAUUUUUGGACUAAUCCAAAUUUAGAUGAAAAUGAAAAAUUCUUAAGAGAUUAUGUUUUACAUAAACGGUUUUUAGAUAAAGGAUCAAAAGAUUUUGACUUGAGUUGUGAAAAUAUAAAUCAUAACUUAGAUGAAGAUUUAUCCGAAGAUGAGCAUUGUAUUACCGAACAAGAAGAAUUUGAAUAUAAAUAUAAUUUUCGAUUUGAAGAACCAGAUCAAGAAUUUAUAAAAAGAUAUCCACGUACAUUAGAAAAUUCAUUAAGAAAAAAAAAUACACGAAGAGCAGAGAAAAGAGUAGAACUUAAAAUUCGAAAGCGACAAAAGAAUGUUAAAAAUCAAGAAGAAUUGAAACAAUUAAAAGCUCUUAAAAGAAAAGAAAUUGAAGCAAAGUUAAAAAAGUUAAAAGAAAUUACAGGAAACAAUGAUUUGCAAUUUAAUAAAUUGGAUUUAGAAGAAGAUUUUGAUCCUGAUGAAUAUGAUAUGAAAAUGAGUCAAAUAUUUAAUGAUGAAUAUUAUACUGAACAGACAGAUACAAAAAAACCAGAAUUUCCUGACCUUGAUAGAGAAUUAAAUAUAGACUUUAAUUGUAAUUUAACAACUACAGAAAUUAUACAAGACCAAAUUCCAUAUAAUAAAGCACCUCAUUGUGAAGAUGCAAAAUUUAAUAUGGAUGCUGAUUAUGAUGAUAAUGAAAAAAUACAAACAAAAUUAGUGCUAUGUAAUAAAAAAAAGAGAAAAAGACGUGGAAAAUUUUUUGAAAUGAUUUCAAAAGAAAAACCGAAAUUUGAUCCUACCCAAUAUUCUUCAUAUAAACAAUAUUAUGAUCAAUAUUAUGCUCUUGAUUAUGAAGAUAUUAUAGGAGACUUACCUUGCAGAUUUAAGUAUCGACAAGUAAUACCGAAUGAUUAUGGAUUAACCAUUGAAGAGAUUUUAAUGGCUGAUGAUAAAGAGUUGAAUAAAUGGUGUCCCUUAAGAAAAGCUUUUGAGUAUAAACCUGAGUAUAAAGAAUUGAAUGACGUAAAAAUAUACAAACAGAAGUCUAAUAAUGAAGUUUUAAAAAGAAAAAUUUUGACAAGUUUAUAUAAGUAAACAAAUAAAAUAUUUGUAAUUUAUUAUUAUAAAAAUGUUCAUAAAACAUAUCUAUUGUUUUGUAUAUCUGCAGGAAUUCCAAAGUAGAAAAAGAAAUUC